AUGGAGAUUAAAGAAAGUGUUCUCAGAAGUGGGACUUCCAUUGCAGUUAAAGUGUUCAAUCUGAAAUUGGAAGCGGCAUUCAAGAGUUUUGAUACAGAAUGUGAAGUUUUGCGCAGCCUUCGGCAUAGGAAUCUCGUGAAAGUCAUCACUAGUUGCUCCAACCUUGAUUUUAAAGCUUUAGUGCUCGAGUAUAUGCCUAAUGAAAGUCUUGACAAGUAUUUGUAUUCGCAUAACUACUUCCUAGACAUUAGGCAGAGCCUAAGCAUUAUGAUAGAUGUGGCAUGUGCGUUGGAAUAUCUCCAUCAUGGAUGCUCCUUGCCCGUGAUUCACUGUGAUCUAAAGCCUAGUAACGUUUUGAUGGAUGAGGAUAUGGUUGUCCACCUAAGCGACUUUGGUAUUUCAAAACUGCUUGGUGAAGAUGAGAGUGAUUUAUACACAAAAACCUUAGCAACAAUUGGAUAA